UAUUAGUCAGCUCGGUGGACACGCUCUGUCCCCAGCACAGUCACGGGUGGACGGACACAAUGUUCGGGACACACACGGUGCUCUUGUAGCUCUCUGGUGAAACGGCAACAAAUCGGUGUUUAGUUGUUGUUGUUGUUUUGUUUGGCGUCCUCACCGGAGCGCUCGAGCUUUGACUGACUGAUUGACGUUUGAGAGCUGAAGCGGUUUUUCGCUCCCCGUUUGUCUCCGCGCCGACCCGCCAUUUCUGCGUUGAGGACGGAGAAGCGGACAGAAAAUAAAAAGACACACACGAGAGGACGUCUCUGUGGAUUUACCCCGUGAAUGUCACCGACAUGUCGGGUUGCUCGUGGAGGAGAAACUGGCAUCGCUGGUUCUGAGCCAACGGUUUUGGCUAGUUAGCAGCUAGCUCCGACACUGAGCCGCUCAGUAUAAACUGGUGCAGACAUUGGCGCAGAGACCAGUGCAGCAUCUUCCUCCCGUCUUGUCGUUCCCAUGUCUGAGCUGUGGGCCUAAACCUAGGCUGAAGGUUGGAUCAAUCCAAUGACCUGCCAGUCCUCCGAGUCCACAGACACCAUCGAGAGCGACAGACGAGCCGACAACAACUCCAGGGCUGUGGAAUCAGACGAGAGCCGCAUCGCCUUAGCCAUGAAAGACCUGAAGAACACAGGCUGGUACUGGGGCAGUCUGACGGCUAACGAAGCCAAAGAGAUCCUCCAGGACGCCUCAGAGGGGACCUUCCUGGUACGGGACAGUUCCCAGAGGGAUUACCUGUUCACCAUCUCCGCCAUGACGUCGGCGGGUCCCACCAACCUGCGGAUCGAGUACAAACACGGUAAAUUCAAGCUGGACUCGGUGGUUCUGGUGAAGCCGAAGCUGAAGCAGUUCGACAGCGUGGUCCACCUGGUGGAGCACUACGUCCAGCUGUCCAGGACCAGCGACAAGGCGGCGUCGAACUCUCAGCCCUCGGCCAUGCCGCCCAACGGCACGGUGCAGCUGCUGCUCACCAAACCGGUGUACACCGCCACGCCGUCGCUGCAGCACCUCUGCCGCAUCGCCAUCAACAGGACGACGCGGCAGGUCCAGGAUCUGCCGCUACCCAACAGACUGAAGGACUACCUGACGGACUACACCUACAACGUGUAGGCGCCCAGCAGGACUACAGCUCACUGUGGAGUUAUACCAGUGCAAUGCAUCAGCCGUGUGCUAUGCCUGUCUGACCACUGACCAAUCCCAUCAUGCACUGCUACUACAAGAACCCAGCAAGACACAGGGACAUGCAAUAACCAGUGAGUCUGACAGCUGGAGGAAACCUCAGCAGGAUGUUUGGUUGAUGAUGUUCUGUCAGGCUUCUUACAAAGUCCCUGAAGUACUCCUGAAUGUACCACACUGCAGUAAGUACCUGUGUGACCCGUCAGUACUGUUCUGUGGUGCUGUAACUGACCACAGUGUGACUUUAAAAUAAUACCUUUAGCAACAUGACGCCUUUACACAUCUACAGACUGCACUUGAACCCAGAAAACGAUGCUGAUCUGUUUCCAGAUUCCAGCUCUGGAGUUGCUUAGAAACUAGAGGUGAUCACCAGAGACGCUGGAGAUCCAGGUCAUUAUAUCGUCCGAUAUUCAAACAAGGGCUGCGACUAAACAUUAUUUUCAUUAUCGAGUCAUUGUUCUCCGCGUUAAAAAUGGACAGGCCCUCAGAAAGAGGAGUGCUACCAGCUGGUCCAGGGGCCUCGCCUGAAUGAUUGUCGAUUCAAGGUUUAUUUCAGGAUGAAUCGGGGGCAGGUUGACGAUCUGUUUUCAGUUAUCCAGCCUGAUUACAGCUGUAAAACAUUAGAAAGUAGUUGAGGCAACAAUUUACUCAGAUAAGUCUUGCAGCUUGGUGGAAAGUGAGCUAACGUUAGCUUUAAACUCUGCACUGCCACAGAAGCCCUGUCUCUGAGUUUAUCUGACGGGACAAGAAAACUGCAAUAACGUCGAGCACUUUUUUGCUCUGAGUUAAGUUUUUUCAGUUUGAGGCGUUCAGGGCACUCCUGCAAGAACACAAAGCUCAUAGAGCUGAAAAACUCGAGGUGCUAACCAAUGCAAAAGCAGCAAGCGAAACGUUUCACUCUGAAAGCAAUUACAGAAACCUGCCCCACGCUGCUAAAACGUACCCCGUCUGAUCGGUGACGAAUUCCAGCGCUCGCCUCUCCACCAAAACAAGUUACCUCUUGACACUGUUUUGCAACAGCACUCUCGCUGAACCCUUGGUUUCAUUUAUAAGCAUGGUGUACACACAAAACGAGGCCUGAAAGAGGCAAACGCCACUUCUUAGAGGAAAAAUCGUGAUCUAUAAAAACAGACUUGAUAGGAGAAACUUUGACCCAUGCCUACGAACAUUUUAGAGACAAGAAAUUAUCAAGUAUUUCUGGCUACGAGAUAGAUUUGGCUAUGCAAGACUACAAAAUACUGACAGGAAAACACUUGUUUGUAGUUUAACACGGCCUGAGAUUUUGUCUUUGGGUGUCUUUUUUUUCUGAUCAAAGUUCCACAACCCAAAAAUAUUCAGUUUACUGAGAUAUAAAAAAGAGAGCAACAUAAAAUCUUUAAAAUUUGAGAACCUGGAAACAUCAAAUUUUGGCAGAGAGACAGCCCAACCCCCGAUUACUAACCGCUUCAUUUUUGUAAGGAACAAUCUCAAAAUAAAGCGAAAUACAAGAAGCCUUUCUUUUUAGUACGGCGCCUCCUGUACUCAGUGAGCUUUCAGAGGUGGUAAAGUUUUAAUGUUUUGUGAUGUAAAUGUCUUUCAUGUCAUGUCCUAUUUCAUAUUCUGUUGGCUUUGCUGACAGACAGAAAGACAGCUAGCUGCAGAAACAUAGCGCCCACUGCCCAUCCUCCAGUCUCCAGUGGUAAGCUAACGUUAGUUUUGGUCGCUCUGCACCGAGCAACACCCAGUUCAGGUGGGAGCUCGUUAGUGGGGUGGUAGGACAGCAUUGCGUCUGGUCUCCCCUCAGGUCGCCAUGGCUAGUAAGCGGCUUCGCGUUUAGCAUUGUCAUAGUUGACAGUGCUAACAGUGCUAACACAGCUAAUGCUAAAGGAGGUUUGCAGGUCAAAAUUUAGCCAUUUACUCGCCGGGACGAGCAGGUGGGAGACCAGAGGUUGGGAACAACAUUUCCUCAGCAAAGCUGUUGGGUCAGGACGGUGUUACUAGCAGUAACCACUGAAAGAGUUGCGAUGCUAGCUAGCAAGCUAGCUCCCACCAAACCUGGUCGGUGUGCAGUGCAAAAAACUGAAAAGCAGCAAAAUUAACCUUUUAGAUUAACGUGCGUAACCAGUCAAAAAUAUUUUCGGAAAAUUAACUGUUGAUAUCCCUUCUUUAGUCUGCAGUGAAGUGAAAAUGAAUCUGUUUUGUGUUUUUCUUUCUUUAUUACUAUAUUUUUAAAUUAAUUAUUUGGUCUGUAAACCUUCAGAGAGAGUGUGUCAUGGCCCAAAGCAACAUGUUUAAUUUAUUUAUAUAUUUUUUCCAUAUUUAAUUUAACUUUCACAUUUCUGUGGCUUGAAAAGUAAAAAUAAUUAAAUUAAUUAAAGAACUAAUUGUUUCAGCUUUACAUUAGAGUUUAGUUAAUUGGGUUACAUUUAAAAGCAUUUGUUGAAUACCUGAAGAGUAUCCUUGAAACAAAAGCUCAGUUUAAACCCAAGUAAAUAUUUAUUGUUAAUCAUUUAUUAUUGGAAACUUUAUUUUCCAUAUUUGUUAAAUUGUACACUGAGCUGCAAACUUAAAGACUCAACUGACUCGUAUCUCUAUUUCUUCUUUAAGUAUCACCAAAUCACAUCAUUCUGUCACAGACACUCGCUCAGUAAUUUUAAUGAAAUUGUUCAGACAUUAUGGACCUGUAAAUACAGCAAAAUAUGCAUUUUCCAGCAAAAUACUUUAAGUUAUAAUAUAAAAUAGCCUUAUGAAAGACAAAGGGAAUUAUAGGCCGGUGCAAUAAAUUGUUACACAAAUGUGAAUCAGCUGAAAUUAACUAAAAACUUAAAGAGAAAGGUGAAACAUUUCCUGUUUCAGAAACAUAAAAUCUUUACAUCAUCCUCUCUCCAGUCAGUUUGUUGUUUUCAACACAGGGAAAGAAGCCCUCUGAUUGGCUGAGUGAUGACCAUGAAAGGUUCAGUUAGGGCCAAACGUCAGUGAGGCAGCAGGACGAGGUUUCCCGAUCGAUGAGCAGCGUAACAAACAAGCCGACGUCCUCCGUGUUGUUUUUCAUCCCGACACAUGUCAGAGUCAAAGCCUUAAUAGGGCACCUCUCUGGGCUUCUGUUGGACUUUGUCCCUGUCGGAUGUAGUACGCUGUGACUCUGGAUCAAUCAGAUAACAAGAAAACAAAGGCCCUGUAGUCCCAGCAUGUCCUCAAAAAUACAGCUUUAGAUAGUUUUGUCCUCUUUUGUGUUUUGUUCUGUGGAGACCAUCCAACCAAACUCCAUUUACAAAUCUUAGGUUUUUAGGAUUCCUUGUUGAUUGUUAACAACCAACACCUGGUGGAACGUAACAUGUGAGCCUCUUUUAAAGGAACAUUGUACAAGAUUUAAGGGGAUUUAGUGGCAUCAGCUUCACUAUAAGCCAUUCAAUACAACAUGCUAACGUUUUAAGCACAAGCCUAUGGCAUUUUACAUUGUCUAAAUUAGCCUAGCAGCUAGCAGACUUUUCCUCUACUCAUAUGAAACCAGGGACAACAGCAACAUUUAACAAAGGUAACGUUACAAAACUCAGCUCCAUUACAACUCACAAGGUUCACUGACAAAACAACUGUCUUAUACUAAACACGUUUUCCAAACAAAUACAACAUGCUAACAUUAUUAGUACGAGCCUAUGGCAUUUUACAUUGUAUAAAUUAGCCUAGCAACUAGCGGAGAUUUCCUCUGCUCAUAUGAAGCCAGGAUAAAUCACACACAAGACUUAAAAUGCUAUUUUUGUGGAGGCUUUAUUGUCUUCACAAUUUAUUGUUUCGUAUCUGUGAAAUUAAAGUAAAUAAAAGCUUUGUUUCCACUGAGGGAAAUGGUUUCAGCUUACAGAAACAGACAGGAGGAGUUACAUUUCGGGGAGGUGCACAUCAGGCUACAGUGUUGAUUUGAAUCAGAUGUUUUUAAGUUUUAGACCAUUCAACCAAACCCCAUUUAAAAAAUCUUACAUUUCUAGGAUUCCCUGUUGAUUGUUAACUAUUAACAGCUGGUGGAAUGAAACACGUGAGCCUCUUUUAAAAUGUCUGAAAAGGUCUUUCAGUAAAUUCGGUUUAAAUUUGAUCCAUCAUGUAGCACUUUAUUUCAUGAAAACUUUAACUUCAGCUCAGGCUGUUUGUUGCCCAUCCAUGUUUCUUACUGUAGAAACAGAAGCUACUUGUGUAAGUAGAGUUAAAUGAGUUUCCUGUUUAAGCAUAUCAAUUUCAGCAAAAAAAAAUUGGCUUAAUUUUAUUUGGUUUUAAUUUUGACCUGCCUCUCUCCUGCAUGUUUCUCUGGCUCUAACGUGUAAUCAUCAGAACAAAUCUGUCAGUCUAUUCUGGCGUCUCUUACAGUUUUGUAAGGCUCAGUUUAAAUCCAUACUGUGGUCAUGUAACAGGAGGUCACUCAGGUAAACGGGACUUUGUUGCACAUGUUUGUCCACAGCUUUGAUGCUCACACUGUUACAUCUGACUCUGUGUGGACUCUACAUGACGUUUCUGUUAUUAUCUAUCAUAAUGUUCCUCUUUGUAUCGUUACUUUUGUAUGGAGGGCUAAUCAUCAGAAGGGAGGGGUCGCUUGUUUUCUCCUUCAGCUACGAUUUCACGGUGGUAAAGUGCAUGAAACUAAAAACUCUUUGAAGAAAUAAAUCUUUAUUACUGAACACAGAACACAAUGAGCAGAUCUUUGUACAUAUCACAGCUGUGGCGUGAACCCCGCAGCUCUCGGCCUGUUUGAUUUUUAAGAGAUAUUUAUUGAUUGUGUCACACUGUGUUUUCUGGUACAUUAUUUUGUAAAGAAGCUGCACAGACUCUGAGAGCGUGCGUGUUGCUGCCGUCGUCGGUGUGUCUGCUGACGGGAAGCCACACCGCAGCUCUGCCUCUGUAAUGUUGAUCAGCUUCAUGAGAUAAAUAAAGUUUUAUAUGGUGCUUCAUCA